AUGGCAAACAGUUCGACAAUGCCAAGCUUAGGAAAUUUUGUGCAAAGCUCCACAUUCAGUCAUGCUUCUCUUCCCCAGGCCAUCCCCAAGCCAACGGAGGCGGUCAUUCCAGUGGAAAUCAGCCUGCCAACCCUGAAGGUUUUGUAUCCAAAUCCUGAACUCACCGAAGAAUUACGUCGGGUUGACCUAGACCUGAUCGAAGAGCUCCGAGAGACCACUGCUGUCAGACGGGCCUCAUAUCAACAAAAAAUGAGAGCACAUUACAACCGUACCACCGCCCGAACCCCCACUGGGGAGACCCCCUUUCACUUGACAUACGGCGCAGAGGCGGUCAUUCCAGUGGAAAUCGGCCUGCCAACCCUGAAGGUUUUGUAUCCAAAUCCUGAACUCACCGAAGAAUUACGUCGGGUUGACCUAGACCUGAUCGAAGAGCUCCGAGAGACCACUGCUGUCAGACGGGCCUCAUAUCAACAAAAAAUGAGAGCACAUUACAACCGUAAAGUCCGACCGAGGGAGUUCACUGUUGGGGACCUAGUUUUGUGCGAGGCAACUCUCACCACCAAAAACCCUGCCAAGGGCAAAUUGGCAGCCAAGUGGAAAGGACCUUACGUUAUUAAGGCCAGGAUAUAG